AAGCAACUUUAGGAUCGCAUAGCAGCUUUUGAGGUGAUCCUCGAUCUAAUCUCCUGUUUGCGCAGCCAAGACGGACCCCCGCGGCAGACCAUUGCUGUAAACUGACUCCCAGUGAUCCUCUGCAACGCUCCACGCUCGAAGAUGCGGGCCGCAGGCGUGCUGGCCUUCGCUGUGGCGGCGCGUGCUUGGGCUCCGGCUAGGCCUGCGCCGCGGCCGCGCGCCGUCAGCCUGAAUGUAGCAACGGAAGACCCUGCCACCGUCGCCGACGAGGCACAGGUCACGAAGAGAAGCAGCCUUCGGGCCGCGCCGGCGCGUCCCGGCGCCGGAAACCACCAUACCGUACCUUCGUCGAAGCGCACGGCCCGCGCGCCCGCCGUAGACGUCGGGCCCGCGCCCGCGCCGCCGCCGCGGCGCCGGCGCGCGGCGCGGGGAGGCUCCGCGACCACGCCAUCGACGCGAGCGAGACUACUGCUCGAUCACGCCAUCGCCGCGACGCCCCGAACCACGCAGGUCCUCACGGACGCGCGCGACAUGGUCCAGGUCUUCGAGGACUUCGAGGCGGACGAGGCGUCUGUGGUGCAGGACGACGGCGAGGCAAGCCAAUCACCUCUGGGCUACGCGACGGACGCCGUGACGGGCGCCUUGUUCGAUUUGCUGCACUUCGGCGACGCGUCGGGCAUCGAGGACUCGUCCAAGAACCUUAGAGUGUUGUGGGCCCGCGCUUUGCUCGAUGAUGCGGGUGAGCUCGAGGACAAGGUCGCCCACAAUCUGUUACCGAAGUUGACGAGAGACGUCGCCAAGUGGGACGCCCUCAAACCGGCGGCGCGCUUCGCCGAAUUCGUCACGAGUCGAACGAAGUUCAUCGACGCCGCCGUCGACAAGUUCUUAGCCGCCGUCGAGAACAGUGGCGCAGGAAAGCCCCAAAUUGUCCUACUAGGUGCGGGCUUCGACACGCGGGCCAUGCGCUACGCUGAAAGAAUAAGGGACAUCGACGGCGACAUCUACGAGCUCGACCUGCCCCACGUCUGCAAAGGUAAGUCGGGCCUCUGGGACACGUGGGUCGCCGAGCACGGCUCCGACAGCUACAAGAAGCCUUCUUAUAUACCUUAUGAUUUGAACGACGCCGGCGACCCCGACAAGGCGACACCGUUAGAUAUCCUCACGUCGGCCGGCUUCUCGAAGGAGCGACCUACUUUGUUCUGCUCGGAAGCUGUCCUAUUUUAUGUGGACGACCUCCCCAAGCGAAGGCUGUUCCAGGACUUAUUGCUCGCGUCGACGACGUCGCCCGAUAGUGCAGUCGUCUUGACGGACAACCUCAAGCCCUUACUCCCGUCACCCUUCACGCACGAGGCGAGAGCCUUCUUCGAGGAUUCGAACUUCGACUUGCUCAAACACAGCGCAAGAUGGGGCGGCGCGGUCCACUACGCCUUUGCUGCUAGGAGAGAUUCGCAGAUCUACGACCAGCUCGUCGUGGACCGCCAGGACACGACCGUCUCGUACCUACCGAUCUUAUCCCAUGGUGCCGCCGCGUUACAAAAGAAGCCGACGUUCGAGAACGCCUGGUACGCCGUCGCCUUCUCCAAACAAUUGGAACGGCAGGAGGGCGACGACUUCGACGAACUCGGCUACACGCCCUACGCGACGCGUUUGUUUGGAGAACCGAUGGUUAUUUACAGGGAUGCUUCCGGUCAAAUAAACGCCGUCGCGGAUGCCUGUCCGCAUCGAUCCGCGCCGAUGUCCAUGGGGAGGGUUGGGGAUGACGGGAAUUUGCGGUGCUUCUACCACGGCUGGGCCUUCGGGAAGGACGGGGUCCGGGCUGACGUCGACCAGUUCAAGCCUGACGGGACGCUCAAGAAGAACGCUUGUUCGUUGAAGCAAUUUGCCGCGGAGGAGGUCGACGGGAUUGUCUAUGUGUGGCGAGGACCUCUGCUCGAGGCCGACGCGUCGAAGCUGCCCCAAAAAGUGCCCGACGCGACGCCGACGUACCCCGUCGACACCGUCUUAGAUUACAAGGUCGGAUUCGAGUACAUCGUCGAGAACAACCUCGACUCCGUCCACCUCUUCCACUUACACGAUGGGUCGAUCCCGCCCAUCGCCGCUUUGGGGAUGAGGCGGUCGAACACGGACAACUUAUUGAUGAAAGCGUUUUCUGACGACGUAGGACCGGGCCACGUCGGCAAGCUGCGCGGCGCCCUGAAGCCGAACAAACUUGUGAGAUUUGACGCGCCGAAUAUUGUAAGGCACGGCGGCGUCAGUGGCUUCCACGAGGAGUUCCACAUCGUCCCGAUUGCGCCGAAGCGGACACGAGUAUUGCUGCGGCAGCACCUGCCGAAGGGACCUAUUCUCACGACUGUUACGGGGUUCCCCGGAGUCCCGAAGUUCUUAGAGGUGUUAGUGAACAACUGGAACUACCACAUCGGCCUGGAGGACUACAGUGUGAUGCAGGGCCAGGCGCACAUGAUCGACGACUUAGGUGCUCCCAGAAUAAAUAAGGCAGGAAAAGGUGAUGAUUUAAUAUAUAAGUUCUACAACUGGUACAAUAAAGCGUUGGAGAACGACGGCGGCCAGCCUUAUUUUGCAAGGUGGACGGGGGACAACGAGUACAAUCGGGUCAUCGUCGGCGACGGCACCGCGCGGGACUGGAGCGAUAUUGAUGAUGAUGAACUGAGGGGCACGGUGGGCAUCAAGGAGGACUUCCACGCCGUGCAUCCGGUUGCUAAUUAUCCUCCGGCGAACCCGGACGGCGGCGGCGGUUAUUUGAAAAAGUGGAACGCGCAAGUUGCUCUCUUCAGAGCGCUGGGCAUUCCCCUGGGCUUCAACCCGAAGGACGAGUGAGUCGGGUUAUCGAAUCUAAAGUUUCGUUUAUAUCUA